UUUCCCCACAUAUUAUUAGGAAGAGACAGUGUUAGGUUGUUGUUCUUCUUCUUCUUCUCUUCUGCGCUGCGGUAUUUCCGUCUCAACCAUGGAUUCCAAUCUAAAAGGAUUAGCAGUUGUGAUCAUGGGUGUCUCUGGUUCAGGGAAAUCUUUCUCAGAACAAUUGGAACGAUGCUAGGAAAGGCCGUGAAUUGCAGUUUUCUCGAUGCCGACGAUUUCCAUCCACAAUCAAAUAAAGAAAAGAUGGGAAAGGGAAUUCCAUUGUCCGAGGAAGAUCGAAUUCCCUGGCUCCAAACGCUACGUGAUACACUCCGAGGGCAUAUAUGCAAUGGCAAAAAUGUAAUUCUUGCGUGUUCAGCUCUACAAAAGAGUUACAGAGAAAUCCUUCGAAUGGCCGACCCUGAUGAUGGUGGUGGCGUUAAGUUUGUUCUAUUGGAUGCUACGGCGGAGGUAUUAGAAGCUCGACUUAAAAGAAGGGAAAAGGAAGGGAAACAUUACAUGCCUGCUUCACUGUUGCAGUCUCAAUUGGAUUUGCUUAAGAUUGAUAUGGCUGAAGGGAUAUUUACAAUUGAUGCUACUUUGAGUCCUGAUGUUAUUGUGCAAACCAUUAGGACUCUAAUAUUUUGAUUAAAAUGACAUUGUUACUCGUUAUAAACAGAGGUUUUGUGAGAUUUUAUUUCUUUAUUUUCACAAG